GUCUAGACAAGGUAUAUAAAGAACCCUAACCCUUUCAUGACUAUCACGACUCACCUGCUGCAGCUGCAAGUACUACUUCAUCUGAUCAUCACAGCAAGAUGGCUUCUGUUGUCUACUGCAUCGUGCUCCUCUGUUUGACCAGUGGACUGUGGAUGGAGGCAGAGGCAAAAGCUGAGGAAAAAGAUUGUGAGAACUGCCCCCCUGGUUGGACUAAGCAUGGCUCUCGCUGUUUCAUCUACAAGCCUCAUACAUUGGACUGGGCUUCUGCUGAGAGACAUUGCAUUGCCAUCGGAGGGAAUCUGGCUUCUAUCCAAUCGACCCACGAGUACAACCAAAUCCGACAGGUGGUGAGAACAGCUACAAGGACUAAUCGAAAUGUUUGGGUUGGAGGCCAUGAUGCUGUUCGGGAGGGAGUGUGGCUGUGGAGCGAUGGCUCUAAGUUUAGCUUCGGAAGCUGGGGCAGGGGGGAGCCAAACAACAAAGGAGGAAAGGAACACUGCAUGGAGAUUAACUGGAGAGGUCAAAACUAUGUCAACGACCAAUCUUGUCGCGACAGGCGAGCCUUUGUCUGUUCCUCCUCCCUGGAAUGAUGAUGUCACAUCUUCAGUCAGGAUGUCACUCCUAGCAGGAUGUCAGGCCUCGAUGACAUCACUGUUUUGAAGAUUUAUCGACACUUCUGAUUCACUUUAAUAUUUAAUCAAUAAACUGAUUCACCCUGCUAAGCAAUAUUUCGGUUUAACACCAGUCUGUCCUGAACAUGUAUUUCUCUCUCUGUACUAUGAUGCUGAAGCUGACCAGCAAUCCAAUCAAUUAAAGCAUAACUGAAAGCUCAA